GCGGGCGGAGGGAACCGGGCCGGGGGCCGGGGCUGCCCCCGCAGCUCGGGGAGGUGCCGGCAGCCGGGGCGGCUCCAGGAGAGUCCGGCCGUGGGGCAGCGCUCAGCCCCGGGAAAGAAGAGGGAAGGGACCGGCGGUGCCCCGGGCCCCCCCGGCCCCUCUGCCACUUCCCAGUAAACAUGGAUGCUGGGUCGCUGGACGCGGCGGUGCAGGGUGCCCUCCAGGCCCUCUACCCGCCCUUCGAGGCCACGGCCCCCACAGUCCUGGGCCAGGUGUUCCGGCUGCUGGAGACCAGCUACCAGGGUGAUGGGCUCUGCUGCCUGCUCCAGUUCCUCAUCCCGGCCAAGCGCCUCUUCGAGCACGUCCGACAGGCAGCCUGUGCUCCCUACUUUAACUGCAUCUUUCUCCACGAAGGCUGGCCCUUGUGUCUUCACGAGAAGGUGGUCGUCCACCUGGCACCACUCAACCCCCUCCUGCUGCGCCCUGGGGACUUCUACCUGCAAGCAGAGCCCUGCGAGGAGCACUCGGCGCGCAUCACCCUCAAGCACCUCUCGGGAGACCUGCGCACGGUGGAGGAGACACCGGUCCCUGAGGCCACCUACACGCUGCUCUUCACCAACGAGUGGCUGGAGGAGAUCAACAGUGACCAGGCCAGGGCCCCCCUGCACACCUGCCUGGUGGCCACCGAGAGCGGCAUCACCCCGCUGCCCUGGAGCAAGAUCGCCACGCCGGAGUUCAUCGACAAGCCCAAGGCUGGAGCUGAUGGUGCUUCCACAGGGGCUCAGCACAGCCCUGCUCCUGAACCUGCAGCCGAGCCAGCAGCACCCACUGCACCCAUGCCCUGCAGCACAGUCGACACCCCAGCACCCUAUGGCAACAUUGCAGGCACUGUCCCGGGCUGCAAGGUCAGCUCUUGGAAGUCAAGCCAGGGAAAGUACCCAGGACUGAUUAAGGUGGACCAGGCUGGGCGGCGGAAGAAGACAGCCACACUGGCCAUGCCCAGCCUCUGCGAGAUCAUCAGCCAGAACCUGGAAGGAGAAUACGUGGACCUGCUGGAGCUUUCUCAGGAGCAGCUGGACCUCCUGGCCAGGUCCCUGCAGCCCACCCGCCCACCGGAGCGCAUGGGGGCCGGGGCAGAGGCAAAGCUCCCCUGGGCAAACGGGGGGCCGGGAGCAGGCGCCUGGUGCUGCAGGGGGAUGCCAAGCUCAGAGCAGGGUCCCUGCACCCCCUGCCUGCGGACAAAGCUGGGCCAGGAGCUGGGGCCACACAGCCCACGGUGCCGCCACCGUGACUCGUACCUGGCUGCGCUGCAGAACCCGGUGAGCUUCGGUCCUGGGCUGAUGGCAGCCAUCCUGGAGGAACCAGAUGGUCCCGGCCCUGAGCCACCCCCUACCACCCCCCAUAAGACCCCUGAACGGUGUGGGAGGGAAGCUGACAGCCCCCCAUCCCUCACCUGCCACCCCCAGCCAGCCAGUCCCGAGGCGGUGGCACGGCAGGGCAGCCACAAACUCCCCCAGGGCUCUGGCCACAAGUUCUCCUUCCUGAAGGGGCCGCGGCUCGGGGCAGCCCCUGGGGAUGAAAGAGCCACCAGCGAGCACGAAGGGGCCUGGAAGAAGGUCUCGGCCAUCUACUCACCCCGUAUGGGCAGAGCCAAGCCAGCCAGGAAAGGUACAGAUGUGGCGGCUGCUGCCCCUGGGGAGGAACAGUCUCCGAAAAGCACCAGCUGCAAGAACGGUCCCUCCACAGCCAGCACGGGCAGCCCUGGCCGGGAGCCACCGGCUUGGCAGGACCUGCACCCCGGGCUGCUGCGCUCGGGCAUCAUCUGCCUGCCAGGGAGCUCAGACAGGCUGGGCAGGGCCCUUCUCCAGGUGACCUCCGGCGGCAGCGCCUGGGGAGCCACGUGGUGCUCAGCUGCCGAGCUGGCGAGGCUCAUCCUCUACCUCUGCUCCCUCCCCAGGCGGGAAGCCAAGGAUGAUGGGCUCACAGUCCUGGUGGAUGCCAGGAAGCAGCCACCUGCUCCUGUCCUGUUCUCAGCCCUUCGCUCCGUCCAGAGCAUCUCGCCAGGCUGCAUCCACACCGUGCUGCUGCUGGCCGAGAAGGAGCUGGUCACCCACCGUGAGAAGCUGCCUGGGCUGCAGGUGGAGACCCUGGCAUCGCUGAAGGCUCUGGGCCGCUACGUCGACAGCUCGCAGCUGCCCCCGGAGCUGGACGGCACCUUCCCCUACUGCCACGGCGAGUGGGUUCAAUUCUUUCAGAAACUCCAUCCCUUCACGGGCGGCCUCAGGCGGGCGUCGGAGCUGCUGCGGAGCUGCAUCCAGGAGCUGCGGAGCCCCGACACGCUGGCAGGGACGCAGGACGUGGCCGCCUGCAUCGGGAGGCACCGGGAGCUGAUGCAAAGGCUGCUGAGCGACCCGCAGCUGCUGCAGGUGCAGCGUGACGGGGGGGCCGCGCUGGCCAGGCUGCGCAGGGAGGCCGCCCGCCUCGGACCCUCACCCGGCGUCAGGACCAGCAUGGAGUUGGCUGAGGGGCUGUACAGCCAGCUGGAGGAAGAGCUUCACAGCCUGGUGUCCCAGUCCAACAGCUGCCUGGAGCGCCUGGAGUUCCUCCAAAAGGUCCGGGAGCUGGAGGCUGAGUUUGGUGAGCUGGGGGGCUGGCUGGACGGGGAGGCAGAAGUGCAGCUGCAGGAGAUGGGCACGAAGGAGUGGAGCCCUGACAGCACCCAGGGCUCUGAGGAGCACUUCAACGAGUUUCUGGUCCAGGCAACAGCUCAAUACCAGCGCGGCCUUGCCCUGUGUCAGGAGGCAGCUGAGGUCCAGGAUGCGGCUUUCCCGGAGGCACAUCCCUUCCAGGUGGCUGCAGCCCUUUUCCAGAGGAAGCUACUGAGGUUCCAUGGGCGGGUGGAGCAGCGGCAGGUGGAGCGGGAGCUGCUGCAGGAGCUCGGAUGCUUCUCCAGCAAGAUCCGGCAGCUGAAGGUGGGCUGCAGGCAGUGCUGGGGCCGGGGGCUGCGUGGGGAGGGCCAGGCCCUGCAGUGCCUGCAGAGCUCCUUCCAGAAGCUGUCAGUGGAGCUUGCCCUGGAGAAGCUGCAGGAGAUGGAGGCUCAGGUGUGCAGGAUGCAGAGCAGCCGAGGGCUGGCAGUCUGGACCCAGGCAUGGCACAGCUACCAGGUGAGCCGGCAGAUCCUGGAGGAGAUGCUGGCAGAGCUGCAGGAGGCCUGGGGAGCACCAGGUGAUGGGCAGGGAGAUGCCUUUGGCUUGCCCAGCUCGGGCUCUGCAGCCCCUUGCAAGGAAGCUCCAGUCUGCAGAGCAACCCCCAGCCCUGAGCCAGCAGUGCCCAAGGGCUGGAGGACAGCAGAACAGCCAGAGCCCAGUGCUCAGGGGCCAGGACAGCUCCGGGGGCCAGGACCCAUUCCCAGCCCCACACUGGGUGUGGAGCCAAGCUCCCUGCAGCCCCGCUGCCAUGGGCUGAAGGGUGACCAUGCCUGCCACCACCACAGCUCUGCUGACAGCUCCCUCCCCAAGCCCGAGAGCCGAGCCCAGCUGGGAGCUGCAGGACACCUCAGCCAGGAGGGCAGCCAGCCCCCGCACAGGCAGCCCUUCACCCUGCCUCCCCGGGCACGUUUUCCAGGUGCUGCCCCAUUGUGUCCCAACACUCUGCCCCACGGGGCUGUCCCAGCCCCCAGCACACGCAGUUUGCCUGCAGGAGCCACCCAGUACUUCCAGGUUUCCAGCCAGAGCAGUUUUUCCUCUGAAGACUCAGACUCACAGAACUCCACUGAAGACACCCCAGCAGCAAGCCUGGCUUUGCCCCAGGACCUCCAGGGUCCCAGACCACCUUGCCCCUCUGAAAAAGCCCCCCAGAUUGUUUAUCUGGAGAACCACCACACCAACAGUCCAGCUAAAGCAAAUGCCAAGUAAAACCAGUCCCUUCCCUGUUGGAGCUGUUUCUCUCCAGUUGUAGAAGUCUCAGUCACUGACUGGAUGGGACAUUCCAUACUCAGAGGUGGGACCUUGGAAACCGUUGCCCAACCCUUGUGCCCAGAGUCCUUCAGAUCCCCAUAUUUAGCAGUCAUCCUGCUGUGGAAGGGCAGUAACCCCCUCACCAGCCAUGUGAGGUUGGUCAAUAAUCUCCUUUGUGCUGCUGUGGCCUCCUUGCCUAAAGUGCCUCUGUCCCUGCAAGCACCAAGUGUCCCUCAGGACAGCAGUGAUGUUCCCUGAAGCCAUGCUCAGAGCAUCCCCUGGGACUGCAAACCUGUGCCGAGGAUUUUCUGCCCCCUUUGCCAGGGGGGUUUUACCACCCCCUGCAUUACAACAACAGGCAUUUUGUUUGUGUGCUUUCAUUAAUGUGGGAUUAAUGAUAAUAAUGUUAAUAAACCUGAAGGGAAGCAUCCAGUGUGGUCCUCAUGGAGCAGAAUGAACAGCUGUGUCCUGCCCAGAGCCACGUGUCAGGCUCCUCACCCGGGCUCCUGAGCCCUGCCCUGCCCAGUGCUACCACCAGAGCCACCAGCACCAGCCGUGGCCACAGCCUGGCUCUCCUGCCCACCACCAGUGUCUUGCUGCUGGUAGGAUGG